CAGCAACAACAGCAACAACAACAACAGCAACAACAGCAACAACAACAACAUCAACAACAACAGCAUCAACAACAACAACAACAACAACAACAUCAUAUGGCCCAGGGAGGACCUACUAACUUACCUCCUAUGACGAUGCGACAACCUUAUAAGGAAGAAACCCGAUCUCCUAACCCAGUGAAUGCGCAAGUGGCUCCAUUAAGCGCUUCACCUCAUUCGCGUCCUUCACCACGUACUUCCUCGCAUCCAUUGGCUCCACCCCAACAAUAUAACGAUCAUCGUUUAAGCCCUCGUACAGGUCAUUCUGAAAGUUACCGUUAUGAACACCGCUCACCUGCUCAACGACCUAUGGAAAUGGAAUCUUCGGCCUCACCUCGAUCCAACCAUAACAGUAGACCUGAUUAUUCUACGAGUCGUAUGAAACAUGAAGAACCUUCUUAUUCGAAUUUACCUCCUCGAAAUAACAGUAAUAACAGUAUAGAUCAUCGUUACAAGCAACAUCAACAACAUCAACAGCUUCAACAGCAACAACAUCAUCAUCAACAACAACAACAACAACAGCAACAGCAUGAAGAAGCUCCUGUGGUUAUUGAAAAGAAGACCACAUUGUUGCCUGAACAAAGACAACAUGUUGUGGAUGAAGAUUACGAUGAGAGUGCUGCUGAUGUUUUAUUAAGUAUGGGUAACCCCGUACUUGGACAAAAGAGAGCAGCAGCAUCAUCCUUACAACACCAUGACCAUGAUGAACAUAAGAAACCAAGAAAUCAACCCGAAAUGGAGACUGAGAUGAAGGAAGAAACACAGUCUGAACCCGUGGUUGCUGCUAUACCAUCAUCAUCAACAACACCCACAACAACAGCAGCAGCAGCAGCAGCAGCAACAACGACAUCUACAACAUCAUCAUCAUCUACAACAGCCACGCCUAUUACAUCAUCUACAACAACAACAAAGGUAGAAAAGGUUGAUGAAAAGGAGGAAGGAGAGAACGAUGAUGAGGAUGAAUUGAUUGAAGAAUCGAAUGAAGAUGUACCUGUUAAACAUGAACACCAUCAGGAAGAACAAGAAGAAGGUGAAGUUGAUGAAAAAGAAGAAGGUGAGGUGAAGGAUGAUGAAGAUGAUUUGAUCUCGAAAGAACCCGUUUCUGCAGUUCCAGUGGCUGCAUUACAAAAGAAAGAGGAAAAUCAUUCUCCAGUAGAUGAACCUGCAGGAUCAGCAUAAAAAAAAAAAAAAGCCCUCUCUCUCUCUCUCCAUAAAUAAUUAUCAUAUUUUUGUCUUUAUAUUUCUCUUUUUUUUUUAUCAUUUUAUAACCUCAAAUAUACUCUUGUUUUUUUUUUAAU